AUGGCAGCCGCAUCAACAAACCGCCUACGGCUUCUCUACACCUCCACGAGGGCCUCCCUCCCUCAAUCCACCCCCAGCAUCCUCACAACCCGCACCUACGCCACGACCGAUUCCUCCACCUCCGCCACCAGCACCCCCAAACCACGCCGCCGCACCGCAUUCACAGACAAGCUCAACGCCGGCCCAUCCUUCGGGGAUUUCGUUUCCGGCAACAACGACAAUGCGCCCCUCAUCGACCCUUCCGAAGCCUACGCUCUUGAAACCGCUCUCGUCGGCCCCGCCGGCCGCAAAAAGCAAAUGACCCGUCUUCCACCCUGGUUGAAAACCCCCAUCCCCGACUCCAAGAACUACCAGCGCCUCAAGAAAGACCUGCGCGGCCUGAACCUCCACACUGUCUGCGAGGAAGCCCGCUGCCCCAAUAUUUCCGACUGCUGGGGCGGCGGCGACAAAGCCGCUGCCACCGCUACCAUCAUGCUCAUGGGCGAUACCUGCACCCGCGGUUGCAGUUUCUGCAGUGUUAAAACGAGCCGGAGGCCCGCUGCGCUGGAUCCCCAUGAGCCGGAGAACACGGCCGAGGCCAUCUCCCGCUGGGGGCUGGGAUAUGUGGUGCUUACAAGUGUGGAUCGUGAUGAUCUUGCGGAUGGCGGUGCGCGUCAUUUCGCUGAGACGGUGCGCAAGAUUAAGUCCAAGGCGCCUAGCACCCUUGUUGAAUGUUUGACGGGUGAUUACCGUGGUGAUUUGGAUAUGGUGGCGCUGGUGGCGAACUCGGGUUUGGAUGUGUAUGCGCAUAAUAUUGAGACUGUUGAGGCGCUUACCCCCCGUGUCCGUGAUCGCAGGGCUACCUUCAAGCAGAGUAUUGCUGUGUUGGAGGCAGCGAAGAAGGCCAACCCAGAGGUUAUUACGAAGUCUUCGUUGAUGUUGGGACUUGGGGAGACUGAGGAACAGUUGGAGCAUGCGCUGGCGCAGUUGCGCGCUGUUGAUGUUGAUGUCGUUACUUUCGGGCAGUAUAUGCGUCCGACGAAGAGGCAUAUGGCUGUGCAUGAGUACGUUCAUCCGAGAUGGUUCGAGCAUUGGCAGCGUCGUGCUGAGGAGUUGGGUUUCCUCUACUGUGCUUCUGGACCGUUGGUGCGCAGUUCUUAUAAGGCUGGUGAGGCGUUCAUUGAGAAUGUCUUGAAGAAGAGGCGCGCCGGGGUUAGUGAUGCUGUUGCCGAGAAGAAGGUUGCUGCUGCUGUUGAUGAGGCUGCUCGUUGA